GCUUUUUAUCAAUUCUCCUACAGUUCCCUCCCCUCAGGUUGGUACUCACGUUCAAUUGCUCUGAUUUGUGAUUGAUUUCAAAAUCAUGAUGACCUUCAUUAGCUGAUUCGUGGUUUGUGGAAUUUGAUGGAAAGCAGUUUGCAUCGUACUCUCUCUGGGAUCUUGCUGCAGGUUGAUGCGCAAGCUGUUGAAAAAGACUCUUGAGCUGCAACAUCUUAUUUCUUUCCAGAAAAAUGGUGGCCAAAACCAGUUAUGCCGCACCAAUUUAUGUUCCCCUAGAUGCAGAAGUAGAUCCAGUACCCCCCGAGGAUGCCACACCUCUUCAACCGGACAUUAAUUACAACACGGGGCAGUGGUCUUCUGGAAUUUGUGCUUGUUUCGAUGAUAUACAGAGCUGUUGUAUGGGAUUUUGUUGCCCAUCUUAUAUUUUUGGAAGAAAUGCAGAGUUUCUGGGAUCUGGAACUCUAGGGGGAUCUUGUAUGACACAUUUUAUUUUGUGCACUCUUGUUAAUGCAUUAUGCUGCUUGUUGACUGAAGGCGUUUCUUUCGGAUUGGCCGGAUGCUUCAUUGCACCAUAUGCAUGUGGAUACCGAAGGACAAUAAGGUCAAAGUACAAUCUGCAGGAGGUCCCCUGCGGAGACUUCUGCACUCAUUUCUUCUGCCAUUUAUGCGCCCUAUGUCAAGAAUACAGAGAAAUCCGUGGAAGGUGUGGAGAUUUAAACGCACCUGGCCAGAAUUCGGCACAAGUCACCCCCCCGCUGGUGCAGACAAUAGAUUCGGAUUCGUCCACAGAAUAAGCCGUCUAUUGUCACAGCAUUGUUCACAUUUUACCGGUUUUUAGUGUUUUCGAAAUUUAGUGUAAUUACAUUUAAAUUUUUGGUGGUUUGGAAAAUUACGUCUAAUAUUUCUGAGGUUUGCUUUUA